GUUAAACACGAGAAGAAAAGUUUGUUUGGCUGUCUCAAACGCAAUGGACGAAGCUUGUGAAGUCAUUUAGCUCAAGGGGAAAUAAAGCGGAGACACUAUAGUAGAAAGUAAUAAUAUGAUGGACUAGUAUUCUGUUCUGAGAAGUGUUGACAGAAAGAUCGUUUCAUAUGAACACAUUGAAGUAUGGCAGAUGGGAAUGAGACAGUCGUGUACUUCUCUGAGCAGGUGAUCGUGUUGUGUUCAUGUGCACUCUCCUUCUUGGGAUCCUCACUGAUCAUCCUCACCUACAUUAUCUGGGCUGAUUUGAGGACUACUCCCCGCAGGCUGCUAGUCUUUCUCUCGGUGUCUGACUGGCUGUCUGCCGUCUCCUACGCCUACGGGGUCUGGAGGGUUUUCCGCAGCGACUCUUUGGACUGCAUCGCGCAGGGAGCCGUGUCCACCUUCGCCAACACCAGCUCCUUCUUCUGGACCGUGGCCAUCGCAGUGUACCUGUAUGUGUUCAUCGUCCGGUCCAACCAGAGGACCGCAGACAGCCUGGUGUGGUGCUUCCACAUCGUCAGUUGGGGUAUUCCUUUAGCCAUCACUGUUGCAGCCGUGUGUCUGUACAAGAUCGGCUACGAUGCUUCAGAAGUGUCUGUGGGCUGGUGCUGGGUCAGGAUCUACGCGCCAGACCGGAUCCUAUGGAUGCUGCUCACCGGAAAGAUCUGGGAGUUCUUGGCUUACCUCACUCUGCCUGCCCUCUACAUCCUCAUCAAGAGACACAUCCACAAAGCGCACGCUGCCCUGUCCGAGUACAGUCCCAUCUUGGCCAACAGGCCUCCGUCACAGUCAUUUUCCUCCAUGGCGGAUAUGAAGCUGACCCUCAUUCCCAUCAUCUUCAUCGUGCUGCGCAUCUGGAGCACAGUGCGCUUCAUCCUGCUGCUCGCCGACUCCCCGGCCCGACAGAACCCAGUGCUGGUCACACUGCAUGGAAUUGGGAACACCUCACAGGGAGCAGCCAACUGCAUCAUGUUUGUAUUGCUGACUCGGCCGCUCCGUACACGCCUCUGCGCCGCGCUCUUCUGCUGCUCCAAGUGUCGAGCGGAUGUGCAGCACUCGCAGGACGCGGCUGCUCAGAGGCUGCUGCCAGGACAGGACGCCUCCACACCGAGAGAAGAAGACGGCAGCAGUCGAGUGGGGACUGAUAGAUGAUAUUCUGCAAGUGAUAAGAAAAACUAAGGUUGACACGAGGGGCACGGGGGAGCUCUGUGCCUCACCUUGAGCCUCAUUACAGCGAGUGCCUGCCGAGAGGUUGGAGAUUCUGCAGGUGCAUGCACAUCUGUGUCACAGGGAGAGUCCCACGGCUGCACUCUGGGAGAUGAGGGUGCUGCUGACUGGCUCUUCAGCAGCACUUGGUUAAUCUUUUUCAGUGAUGCAUACCUAAUAUGUUGCACAUUAUUUUUUUAGUUUUAUAAAUACAUCAAACCUUAAAGUUAUUAUUUACUUCAAGUUGUUAUUGUAGAGGUUUUCUGAUUUAUAUUUUGAACAACUUUACACUCCGGGAAGGUUUAGCAGCUUUAUUUAUCAUCUAAUAUGUGGGUUGAUUUACAUUUGUGGGUUAUCACUGUGAAGUCAAUGAAUAUUCAGGUUUUAUAGUGUUACACUGUACUGUAUAGUUACGUUUUAUGGAGAAAAAUGACCCUCACCUUAGUGCCUUUAUAGCAUUCUCACUGUAAGUGAUAAACAAAAUGUGUCCAAUUCUAAGCUUUCACAUAGACUUUAAGUGAGAACAACCACCUACAAUCGUAUCUUUCACACUAUCAAAGUCUGUUGGCUUGAAAGGAUUGUGGUCAGCUUAGAGAACUUUUGAGUUACUUGUAAUGUGCUUAGUCAUUGUUCUGCUGAAAUGUGCCUGAAUACACGUCUUGCUGCAGAGCUUCGGGGAAGGUGAAAGUACAACAGCAGCAGUGAAUCAAAUCGAUUUUGUAACCCACUAAAUGGGGGAUAAAUAGAUAAGAAGACAAUUCAGCUGCAGGUGGGAUAUGAAAAGAUUCAAUUUCACACUUAUUUUACAAAGUAAAAACCUGUCCCCAUUACAAUCCUUUGUAACUGUAAUGACAUUAACCUGACCACAGCUGCUGUUCUGUUUGUAAGAAAAAAUGGCAAACAGUUUUACACAUCACAGCUAUACUUUUGUUUGCAUUUAUAUUUUGGGUAAAUUAUCCCUUUAAUGUUUUUCCUUUAAUAUCAAAUUCCAAAUAUCCAAUAUAAGUUUGCAUAUUUGCAAGAAACUUGAUUACAUCUGACUGUCUAUAUAAAGAAAAGUAAAAGACAUGAUAUGGUCACUGUUUUCUGUGUUUAAUUCACUUAAAUACACAUUCGUUCAACCUUUUAUUUAAAAAAUCCUUCUCACCAAGAAACACAAAAUAAGAAACUUUGAUGCGAAACCAAAUAGAAUACAAUUAAAAUGUAAAGCAACCUAACACAAGAACAGCUGGAAGUGAAAUAUGAUGAAAUUAAGUAAAUUAAUUACCCUAAGAAUAAAAUAAACUAAGCUGAAGAUGAUUCUGCAUUUAUCAUUACAUUAAAAUACAAAACAUCUAUGAUGGUCCGUAUUUAGGAAUAAUUCCCUGGAUAUUUGUGUCUCCUAUCAUUGCCUAACUUUUCAGUUGCAACAUCUUUAGACAUUAGUUGCAAAACCCCAUCAGUAUUGGACGUUUCACAAGAAAUAACUUGACAUCAAUACUGUCAUCGUGGUGAGGAUGCAUGAUCAAGCAUCACAUGCCGUCCUUCCCUUUUUGAAAUCAGACCUUCCCUGGAACCUCACUUCUCCUUUGACCCCCGCUGUUGUUAGCUCCUGUUCCCCGACUGAGCUACAGGCCCAGCGCAUACCAACGAGGCGUCUCUGCGAACCCACUGAACCACACUCGUGACCACAGCGUCUAUUCCCACAGUUUCUUCAGCUCUUUAAAAUAUUGUCCAAGAUCCAUUGAGUUUUAAAAAGCCUGCCUCAGAGAUGAUGAGCUUCAUUAAAAUUAGAUUAAUUACUAUUAAUUUUUUAAGUACAUGUUCUUGCUUAUUUCCAUAUUAUGCUACUUAAAGGCACUCCAAUCCAUAGAAACUAGCUAGUACUAUGUGAGUGUUGUAAACUAUCCGGACCUACGUUAGCUACGGGACUAAAAUAAUGGGCAAAUUAUUGUAUAACUAAACAGAAUUGAGUAAUAUAAUUUACAUUAUUCAGAAACUGUUUGUACAUUUACUUGAUUAUGAUCGUGGAUGCAUGUCUUACUUGUAACGGUGUGUUUACAAUGUAGUAUUGUAAUUAAGAUCAAAAUGUUCUCUUCCUCCACUGUGUGUUGAUCUGUUUGAGGAAUUAGGUAAUGCAUCUUGGGUAAUAUGGUUGUAAUAAUAAGCGUUUAUAUCAAGUCAGUCGGUCUCUGCAGCUACGCUAGACUGAGGGCAGUUAGUUCUCAUACAUAAUUUAAAAACCUGGAGACUUUUUGCUGUUUAUAGUAGAAAUUAUAAAAACAUCAAUAUUUGUAAAGAGUUUCCCGUCCAUCUAAUUUUACACGUGGUAUAAAAUGAUGUGACUCUGAGCAGAGGUCGUCCUCUCAGGACCAACAGAACUGAUACCCUGUCUGGGAAAAUGGAGGAAGUGAAUGCUGUUUAUGCUGAUGACAUGAAAAACAGAUAUUUGUCCUUGAGAACGGCAGAGGCCACACAGACAACCGACACUUACUGUAUUUCCUGCAGGAAUUAAUCCAUUGUGUCAUUGUGAGAUUUGGCUGACACUGGUGUAACUGGAGCUUGUGGAAACACUUAAGGAAGGGGUUUCUACUCUCCUGCUGGCUCUCUGCCCACUUAAUUCAUUAAGUUAAAGAGUGCCACGUUGCAUGGGGUGACCAUUCACCAGUCAAGAUAAUGGAAGUACCUUUUUCAAAACUCAGGCUAUUCAUUUGGCUGCGUCAGUGGUUCUUAGAGCCAAUUCUCAACAGAGCAGAGGUAAUGAGCAACAGUUUAGAGCUGCAACAGCUUAUUUAAAUUAGAAGAGAGGCACGCAUGUAACAGAAAACAUCAGAAACACUAGAUUCAUUAAGAGAGAGGUUACUGGUUGACUCCUGUGUUCUCAGUGUGUGAAUAAUUGGGCAGUGAGAUAUUAAAGUGACUCAGAGGAAGUGCUGAUUUAAGUAUUUUCUUCUCCUCCACCUUUGAAUCUAGAUAUGCUACCAAACAAAAUAUUAGCUCCCCCAACUGUUACCUGCUAGUAUUGUAACCACUAUACAUAAUCAAACCUGAAUUUGACCCAAAACUAUUGUGGAAUAACUGGCUGCAAUAUAUGUUAUUUUAAAUGUUGAUGAAAGUACUUUCCAAUGAUGUCACCUGAGAAGGAAACUAAUGCUAGGCUGCCUGGAAAUAAGAGAUGCUGAAUUCAAUUGAAUUUGUGGCACUUUUUCUUUUAGUUAUAGUGGUUGAAAAUGCAGUUUGUAUAGAGAAUGUGAGAGAAUAAAAAUGAGUCUUUCCUAAAAAGAAA